GAGUAAUAAACUCCGGGGGUACAUGAACCUCGCCACGUCCACCGCCGCAGUCUGGCCACUGGUGUAGAGGUUCUUCGCAAUGUUCGAGGAAGGUCAGCUGCCAAUCGGCGAUAGCAAGAUCCCGCUUGAUAUGUCGGGGAGGAUGGAGGGGCGCCUGACGGAUCCGUACAGCGAUGAGAUCAAGGGACAAAGAUCGUUGUACCACUGCAUAUAUGCGAGAGAUGGUCCCAAAGGCUCCACCGUCUCCUGGAAGGAUUUGUGUCCUUCGUACUUCAAAAACUUCGGGGACAUGAUAUGCCACGAGAGAGAAGUCGCGCUACUCCUGCUCAUGAAGGAGAAAUUGAUGGCAACAAAUGUCAAAGUCACGCCUCUGAGGGUGAACACAGAGUGUCUCCUCGACAUAAUGCGCAAAGAGAGAUACAUGGUCCGCAUGUUCAACUAUGUCGUGUUCCGCACCGAUGGAAGGGCAGAUGACGAAUGGAACGACAACUUCUUCAUGUCAUACAAGGACCAGGAAGAGAGGUAUGCGCCGAACGGGCUACGCGCAGCUGAAUGGGAGAAGGAACGGGAGAAGCUUCAUAGCAACAAAGCGAAGACGGUCCCUCGUCGACUUGGAGGAGUGGAGGAGGCAAGGCAAGGUACGGGCUUGGGGCCUACUGAAGUAAUGUACAAGGAGGCUCCGUUUCGCUUCAAGGUGUUCAUAUACACCGUCAUCGAUAAGCUCGAUUUGCUUCGAGCGAAUGUGAAACGGAUCGCCUCCAGUACACGUCAUCUUGUCUGGGACAAACUCGGCAGGCAGACCACAUUGCUUCUUGUGUGCAUGCGGUCAAAGGAGGUUAUGGCAGCGCCCGACGACAUCGUCGCCUCUGCGCAAAAAAUGGCAUGUAGGGCUGCCAUCGUGGACAUCUCGGCCGCAAAUUUCAGCAGUAAUAAUGUCAUUGCCUGUGACGAGUCGGCCAAGGACAUUUCAUACUUGACAAAGUUCAUCGACAUACUUGUCAAGGAUGACAGAUUCAACUGCCGACUCGAGAAGCCGCGUUCCACACAUCGCAACAACAGGGACAUGUACCACAAGUUGGGACCGAAGAGACUGAAGGUGUGGGAAUACCUGUUCCGCGAUGCGCCAGAGGGACGUCUUGACGAGAGUUAUAUAUAUAAGAAAGCCAAGGUGACGGAGGCCCUCAAACAUUAUAACGGUGCUCUGACUGACGCCUUCGAGACAUUCGUUGCUCGAUGCGAGAUAUUGAAGUUUGAUCUUCACAAAGAUCAACUGACGUUCAAGGACUAUGCAGACCUCGCCAAAUCGGGUGAAGGGUUUAACCCCGUCGACAGCAAGGAAGACUCAUCGGACUCCGAACUCAAGAUUGAAAACGACACCAAUGCAGCCGGGUGGCGUGGGCAGUCCGCUGCCAUGGAGCGCGACGACAGGGAAUAUGGACCGGGUCGAUCAGAGGGAUGCUCGAACCCGCCACCCGCGAACAGUGUUGCCUCGAUGGUGGACCGGGUUGCGUGUACGCCUAUCGAAGAUGGCGAAGAUGAUGAGAUUGAUAUUCCUGAUGAGGCAACGAAGUUGGCGCCAGGCGAUCCGAUUCCUCCCAACUUUUGUGCGGACCCAAACAAUAUGUGUUUCUUGGAUGACAAAUACGCCCGCACUAGUGAGGACAAGUGGGGCCAUGAUAUCAUUUGGCAUGACGACAUUUUUGAGCCAUGCAUCCAAGGCGGGGAGUGGAAGAUGGCGGUGAAGUAUGUGUCUGGUUGGAGACUGUUUGCCCGAUUGGGAAAGGACAGCUGGCUGAAAACGACGGAGGCCGCAAUUUAUGCCGCGUGCGGAACGAGAACCCCGGGGAGAUCGAAACCUCAAUCAAAGCAAAGGCGAAAGAAUUGUUCAAUGCCUUGCGAGUCAGUCAACCGCACCACCGAUUUGAGGACGACCGAGAGCAUGGAGGUGGACUCCCGAGAAGAUGUUGCCCUUUUGUCCGAGGCGGCCACGGGAAACACAAAGGGUGAACAAAGGGAAGAUGUCGGGACCACGUCUGGCAUGAAGGCUCCAUUGCCUGAGGUGGGGAACACGUCCACAGGCGAAAAGUCCAUCAUCACCAUCUCAGUCACCACGGUGGAUAGAUCACAAGGUGGACAUGUGUCACUCGACAAGCCGUCGGAAGCGGGCGCCACAUACGGGAGUCUCCUCGCGACAGGUGCAGAGAUGGAGUCGGAGGGAAUGUCGUUGCAUCCGCCCUCAUGCACUAGCAAAGGUGAUGCAGAUCAGAGAUGGAGUCGGAGUCCGCUGUUGGGAUGGGCGUCACGGGAAUGUCGUUGCAUCCACCCUCAUGCACUAGCAAAGGUGAUGCACACUGUACAACAACACCACAGGGAGGGGCCACAGGGGAUGACGGGAAUGGGGGGAUGCAGAGGGGUCUCAACGUUCUCGCAAUCUUGAGGACAUGACCACGGAGGACGAGGAUGAGGCAUAAGGCAAAAAGGGUGUGAUCGAUUCCACACGUGUGGAAAAUGAGGGGUGAGACAGGGAAUGAACUCGAGGGGAAUCCUCUUCGCGGGAAAUUAAGAGUUUUUAAUUGUUUGCUCAUUUGUUUUAAAUCUAGGUUUGUGGGCGGAAUUUAUUCUGAUAUACAAUUGGGUUGUUUACUCGUUUGUUUUAAAUCUAAGUGAUUGGUAUUUGGCCGUUCCAUUGUUUACAAGAUAAAUGUGCGGUGAACAG